AUGGACAAAGGAGUAUGGAACCGCAUCAAGCACCAGCUUGGAGUCAGUAAACCAUCAAAACAAAUGCUGCAAAUGGCGGACAGGACACUGGUAAAACCAACAGCAAGCUGGUCAGGGGACGUUACAAUUGGGAAGAGGAGAAUAGCGGUGGACCUUGAGAUCUUUCCAAGCAGAGGAGGCUGGUUGUUCUUGUUUGGGAAACUAUCAUUGGCAGAAGCACAAGCAAUCCAUAACUACAUGAGAGACAAGGUAACAUUACCAGGACAAAAUGGCCUAGCGACAACGGUGCUGAGGAACGACCAAGCCCAACGGGGAGAGAAGAAACCAGACACGCCAAAACUGGAACGUUUCACAGGAGUAUUGUCUGCGUUCAGCAAGGACAGUUCAAAGCAAACAGAAAUACAACACACCAAAGGGUGGAUGGAGAACGACACACAACGCAGAGGGUGGCAGGAAGAGAUGGGCAACAAGGAGGCAAUAGCAGUCAUCCAACACAUGGAAGCAAGAACAAGCGCACAUGGAGAUGAUAUUGCAAGCACGCAAGGAACAUUCAGUGACAUAUCAAGCCAUGAUGGAAUACCAGAAGCAGACAGCACGUCAAUACACACAAGGACAACAGAACUGUUCAGCCCAGAAAGAGUCAAGGCAGUACUAAAACUAGUAACCAUUGGACCGGUGAAAUGCUGA